AUGGGUGUGCGAAAUGUGGGGGUGUGCGAGAAGUGGGUGUGCGACGUUACCACACUUGUUGGACAGAAGGCCCUCCUUACCUCCACAACAGGCAACAAUGCCACCUUCAACUUGGAUGAUCUUAACACUCAUGGAAUCAUCGAGCACGACGGUAGUCUGAGUCGUAACGACGUCUACUUCGGUGACAACCAUAGCUUCAACAAAGACAUCUGGGAAUCAGUAGCAUCGCAUUUUGUGAACUCAACCAUCUCCAUUCCCACCGCAGCCAAGGCUAGGGCCGCACGUCUCAAGGCCGCUGCCGCCGCAAACCCGGAAUUUAGCUUGACUGCGGACGGUGCCCAGUUCAGCUUCAUUGAGACUGCCCUCUAUCUUUCCGUCUUCGGCAACUUGGAUACUGGUGAUGCUAACACUGAAUGGGUCAGAGUUCUUUUUGAGCAAGAGCGUCUGCCAAUUGAGGAAGGUUUUGUCAGAUCCGAGAGCCCUGUUACUGCUGCUGGUAUUCUGGGUUUGGUCGGCAAGGUUGCGGCUGCAAGUGCCUAA